CUUCCAGGUACCUGCCUUGUCUGAAUGGCAAGACUAGUACCCUGUCCCUUGGUGGUGUACCCUUGGCCAUGAUGGCAUCUCACCAAAUAUUUCAGCGAAAGCAACCACCCUAACACGCCAUGCAUGCACAUAAAUUCUCUGCCCACCUAAACUGUCAACUUCCAAAAGCUUCUCCUGCACCUGGCACACUCGUGCAUAAAUACGAGCUAACGCCAUCAGCACACAACCACACCAAGGCAGAACACGUACGUAGCCACCGCUCGCCAUGGCCGCCGCGCUCCUCCUGCUCAUGCCAAUAAUCCUUGCCGCCGUAGUACCAGCGGCAUCGGCGGCGGGCGGUGAGAAGAGCACGCACAUCAAGCUGUACUGGCACGACGUGGUGAGCGGGCCGAGCCCGACGGCGGUGCCGGUGGCGCGCGCGGCGGCGACCAACACCUCCAAGACGGGCUUCGGCGCGGUGGUGGUCAUCGACGACCCGCUCACCCAGGGCCCCGACCGCAAGUCCUCCAGGCCCCUGGGCCGCGCGCAGGGCACCUACAUCGCCGCCGGCAAGGACGCGGUGUCCCUGGCCAUGAACAUGAACUUCGUGUUCCAGGCCGGCCGGUACAACGGCAGCACCGUCGCCAUCGUGGGCCGGAACGCGGUGUUCGACGCCGUGAGGGAGAUGGCCAUCGUCGGCGGCACCGGCGCGUUCAGGAUGGCGCGAGGGUACGCGCAGGCGCGGACGCACACCCUCGAUCUCAAGACCGGCGACGCCACCGUCGAGUACAACCUCUACAUCAAGCACUACUGAUGGAGUAUCGGCUGGCUUUGAUUGUAAGCGAUUAUAUACGAGCAUGCAUGAAUUCUUGGUCAAGAAUAAAACUAGACUAAUAAUAGCUUUGUGCUUUUGGUGAAAAAAAAUGGUGUACAAUGCGUAAGUGGGCAUGCUAACACACCAUCAGACAAAGCUAGUGUGAACAUGUGUGUUCAUACCCAUCCGCCAUCAUCGUAUCACACGAUUUACUAUACAAAAGCUUUCCCUAGAAGAAGUUACUGUAGCAAGGGUGGUUUUUCCCUGUGGCCUAAUAAGUGGUAGCUCAUCUGGUAAAUUAAAGGCUCCCGAGAGAUGGAGAUGUAUCGAUGUUUAGUACUCCGUCUCUGCUCCUAUAUAUGAUGAUGCCAAGUGUUAAUUUUGUCCA